CGAUGAUACUCAAUGCGAUGAGGCAAGUUUGUGUGCAGACUACUCGAGAGCAUGAAGUCGCGUAAGGCUAUAGCGUGGGUGCUUUCCAUUGCGAGCGUCUUCACCGGAUGCGUUUUGGUGUGGAUUUCGACGUCGUUUCGACUGUAUGAGGCAAGCGGUAAGAGUUUUGUACACGAACUAACGCAGCCACAACACGUAGAGAUAAGUCGACGUGUACCACCCCGGAUUCCUCGUGAUUUCUACUACCAGAGAGGACAAAGAAGGCAAACAAGAGGUGGGCGGUACAUCAACCUUCCGCCAUCCAGUUCUCAGUCACGUGACCGGAAAUCGGGUGUACGAAUAUUUUGGAAAUCCGGCAGGUUGCUGUUCAGCCCGACGAUUUCUAACCAGCAAAACGCUCGUCGGGUUGUCGACUCUUCGAGGACACGACACGCAGUCGUGUCGAAUAAAAAGAGUGUGUUUUCGUUUGAGACGGAUGUGCUAGUGUUUUUGCACAUACAAAAGACUGGAGGUACUGCGCUCGAGCUGCAUCUGUUAGAUAUCCAAUCAAGAGUGCCAUGUGUUUGUGAUGGAGUCACGUAUGUGUACUCCUCGGUCGAAACGAGGAGCCCUAAACGAUGCGAAUGUCCGAGGGGUGAGCAUUCGAGCGGCGAGCAGUGGCUUUUCUCUCGAUUCACUUUCUCGUGGAUCUGUGGGGUUCACGCCGAUUGGACGCAGUUGGUCAGUUGCGUGCCCAAGAUCUUUGAAACUCGAUACGGAGCAAAACAAAGGACGUUCCUAAUUUUCACGAUACUCCGACAGCCGGUCGACAGAUUUCUGAGUGAAUACGAGCACGUAGCUCGAGGGGCCAACUGGGCCGAAACCAUACACCACACAUGCAGAGGAUCAAAACAAAACCAUACAAGCUGUUACUCUUUCUCUCAACACAAGCAGUUAUCGAUCGACAGCUUCCUUAACUGUCCGUGGAAUCUGGCAAUCAAUAGGCAAUCGAGAAUGUUAGCAAACAUGACAGAAAUGAGCGACUGCUAUCACGAGAUGUCGAGGACUGUAUCGCUUCAAGAGGCUCUACUGGUGAGAGCCAAGGAGAAUCUCUUAAAAAUCGAUUUUUUUGGUCUAAGCGAAUUUCAGAUUCACACACAGUUGUUGUUCGAGAAGACUUUCGGUUUGCAUUUUGGGCAUCGAUUCGAGCAAAUGCCGCUUGACAGACAACAUGCUCACAAGCAUAAUGUAUCAAACGAAGUGAGAGGGGAAGUGGCUCGUGUCAACCGUUUGGAUAUGUAUCUGUAUCGGUUUGCAAAAUCGCUUUUUCUGCAACGACUAGAGAAAUUCGAAAUAUCUAAAACCGGACUUAAAUUCACGUGAUUUGUAGAAAAAUAGAAAUGUAUGAAUUUUACAGCACUAGAGAGAUAAUGUUUAUUUGUUAUUUUGUUAAUUUAAUUAAUUAAUUCAACUCACUUUACUGGCCUUGUCCUGAUUGUCACUUUUUGACAUAAAAAUACAAAGUAGAGAAAGUUUGAUUUGACAAUUGAACUAUUUUUAGAGUCACGUGAUGAGUGAAAUUCACU